CUUUUGAAGCACAAUGGAGCGUGCAUGUCCCGGCGUGCCUGAAACUUGGGAGUCCGAAGUCUUGCCCUCGAUUUUGGAGCUCCUGAAAUCCCAAUUUGCCGAGCUUCGAAGCCACCUCACCGCAGAGCUCUGCGAUGCUGUGCGCGUUGCCGCCACGGCCCAGUCGCUGCCAUCGCGCCGGGAGUCGCGGGAGGCGGAGCUGGUGACCAGGAGCCAGGCGUCAGGUGUCAGUUACCAAGUUUCAGAGGGGGAAAGCCGCAGUAUCCUGCGACCGCAUCGAGGUUUUCUCUCGCAGAAGCUCCUGGCGGAACUGGGAGAAGAAGAGCACGUCGGAAAACCUGGACCUCUGUGGGGUGAUCAGACCCUCUCCCUCCAUGCGCACCACGCGGUGAACACGGCGCAGCACGCGGUGCAUGUGGCGGGGCAACCGCUGCGCAACUUGCUGCGGCCCUCGACUAGCGGCAUAACGGCUUCGGGUCCCCCGGCGCCAGAGGUUCAUGACGAGCCGCAGAUAUUGUCAAUGGAGGUGGCCAAGGUCGCUUCGGGGGUUUCGGACUCGGACGAUGACGAACCCGCCAUCGCGCCGCCCACGGAGCCGGCCCCGGCGCUGAACUCCUCGCCCUCGUCGCCCCAUGUGGUGGUCUCGGCCUCGCCCUCCGUCAGCGGCCGCCGGGGCGGCACGUCCAUGACGGAGAAGGCCUUCGGCCUGCAACGUGGCGGUUCCAUCACCUCGCUGGACCUGGAUCGGACCUACUGGAUCCGCGUGAAGUUGCUGCACUUCGUACAGAAUGUCUGGUUUGAAACAGUUUCAAUGUUAAUGCUCUGUGCCAACGCUGUGGUCAUUGGCGUGCAGACGGACUAUAUGGCCAUAAACAAGUUAUCCUCACCCCCUUGGGCCUUGCGCGCCCUCGAUAUCUGGUUCUGCAGCUUUUUCGCCGUGGAACUGGCGCUGCGAAUUUUGGCGCAUGGCCGCCGCUUCUUCAGCAUGAAUGGCUGCGCCUGGAAUAUGAUGGAUCUGGUUCUGGUCAGUGCCUAUGUCGCUGAAACCGUUCUGCUCAUCGUGGCCGACGCCGAAACGCACGCAGGGGCAGAAGGCAGUCGGGUGGCAGGCACCAAUCCAGAGAUCAUGCGCGUGAUCCGCAUCCUCCGCGCCAUCAAAGUGGUUCGCCUGGUGGGGGCCGUGCGCUUCACGCAGGACCUGCAGCUGUUGAUCAAUUGCCUCUUCCGCUCCUUGAAGCAGUUUCUGUGGUCCGCGCUGUUACUCCUCCUGGCCAUUUAUGUGGUGGCCAUCUACAUCACCCAGGCUGCAACGGCGUAUCGCUUGGAGAAUAUCAAUGGGGAGCAGGUCCCGGUGAUGUUGAAAUGGUGGGGCUCCAUGCCUCAAAGCGUCCUGUCCCUGUUCCAGGGUGUGACGGGUGGGGUGGACUGGCACCAGAUCGCAGAUCCCUUGAUCGAUGGCAUCAGCCCUUGGUUUGGUCUCCUCUUCAUCGUCUUUAUGGCCUUUUGUAUUUUGGCCUUGCUCAACGUCAUCACAGGCACCUUCGUUGAGACGAUGAGCCAGCAAGCAAAGGAGCUUCAGCUGCGGAAUCGCAUCUAUCAGGCGCGGCGGCUCUUUAAGGAGAUCGACAUCGAUCGCUCGGGCUUCAUCUCGCCGGAUGAGAUCCUGGGGCAGACGGACACCCCGGCGGUGCAAGAAUUCUUCGAGACCAUCGAUGUAGACCCCUCUGACGCCAAGGGACUGUUGGAGGUCAUCGAUAUUGACGGCAAUGGCAAGAUCAACUUCGAAGAGUUCUUGGAAGGCUCCUUGCGCUUGAAUGGCAGCGCCAAGUCCUCGGAUCUCAUCAUGUUGGCGCGCGAGAUGAAACGCUUCCAGGCGAAUCAACUGAAAGAGCUCGCAGCGAUCAAAGCAGCGCUUAGCCUUCACGGCCAGGGUUAGCCACAGAUCCAGGGAUUGGAGAGUCAGGAAC